AGCCAGACUCUACACACAAAUGGAAUGCAAGAGUGAAAAACUGUUCGAGAAGUUGGAAUCGGACUCACUUUGGAUUUAAAAUGCAAUGUUGAGCCGCUAAUCCUAAAACGGAACAGCUGUGAAAACCAAAAGGAUUCUAUAAUUGGAUUGUUUGUGCUUUUAAACUUUUGGAUAUCAGUUCUUCUCCUGGACAUUUACUCGUAGGAGGAGGUCUAACCAUAACUGCGAGGAUGAAGUACAACUACCACAUAACGGGGUCUUCGUAUACCCGGGCAUCUCAGUACACGCCGAGCUACCAUUCUGCAAGCCACUACACCCCUACUUCACACUACACACCUAGUUUAACCACGUCCUCCUAUACUUCUUUGACAAAGUAUUCUCCGACGCAAUACAGCUCAACACACUACAUGCCCAGCAGCUAUUCUUCCAGCUACAAGACUGCUUCUAGCUACGUCCCUUCAUCGUACACCACCAAGACUUCCCGGUACACUUCGACACGCCGUGCACAGGCUCAAGAAAAACCUCCAUCGCCAGUUAUUGUACCGGAAACACCCGCCAAACGGACAGUGCAUUUUCCCAACGAUAUCGUCUUCCAGGAUAUCGUCCGAAGAGGAGAUCUGGAGCAAAUCGGAAGGUUCAUGCGAGCGAGGAAAGUCCGUGUGGAUACGUUGUUUCAUUCAGGUAUGGCAGCGUUGCAUGAGGCAGUGCUCACGGGGAACCUUGAAGUCGUGAAGUUGCUGGUGAAGUAUGGAGCAGAUGUUCACCAAAGGGAUGAAGAUGGUUGGACGCCGUUGCAUAUGGCGUGCAGUGACGGUUAUCCUGAAAUUGCCAGGUAUCUGUUGGCGAUGGGAGCCAGCACAGAGACGGAGAAUGAAAACGGAGAGAAACCGGCGGAUCUUAUUGACCCGGAGUGCCAAGAGUUGGCCAAACUGUUUGAAACUGGCUGCGUGUGAAAAGAGACACUUGAAGACAUUGUAUAUUUAUAUAUGUCACCAGGUCACUGCCACUGUAAAGCUAUAUUAUUUUGCUUGUUUGAAAAGUAUAUGUUAAACUUGGGUAUUAUGUGAGUUGUACUAGCGUAGUUGUACUUCUUCUUUUGCAGACCAAGUGAUUUGUUUUUUAUGUUUCUACUGAAUUGACACAGAAUUUGAGCCAUGUCGUCUUAUAACAAAAUGUUUCUCUUUCUGCUGGGCAGGAGGAGGAACUCAUGACUGACACUUUACUGGUAGAUUGGAAGUAAAAAUAAUUGUUAUCCAUGCACUUCACCUACUGUGUAUAAUUCAUCUGUACAGUCCUUUCAAAGUCUUAUGAUUUCCAGUGCAAUACAUAUUUUUGUACGUUUUCAUAAAUAAAGACAUUUUACA